CCUGUCGACAUCGGUGCGUCUCAUGUAGUCUUGUCCCAUGGCUGCGGCUUGGCGUUUGGCGGCGCUGGUGCUGCUGCUUUGGCAGCUGCAGGACUAUGCCUGGAGCAAUGUUGCACGGCAAGCUCAAGCACGAACGGCCGGGCCGCCUCGUGUAGCCUUGAUAACGGGUGCCUCUACUGGCCUGGGCCUUGCUACUGCGCAGGGCCUCGCUCAAAGCUACGGCCUCGUCAUUCUGGCUGGCAGGGAUGAGCUGAAGCACCAGAGCGCGCUGGCCACUCUCAGGAAGGAUGCGGAGGGGACAGAGUUCCGCCACGUGCCCUGUGACUUGGACUCCUUGACCUCGGUGCGCCGCUGCGCCCAGGAGAUCCUCGCCAUGAAGGUUCCAUUGGACUGCCUGGUUCUGAAUGCCGGCGUCAUGGCACUGCCGCAAAGGCAAGAGACGAGCGAUGGACAUGAGUACCAGCUGGGGGUGAACUACUUGGGACACUUCCUGUUGGCGAAUUUGCUCUUGGAUCACAUGGCAUCCUCAGCAUCUCAUGGAGACCCGGGCCGGGUCAUAAGCCUCUCCUCCUCAGCGCAUUUGAUCCCUUCCUCGCUGCAGCGCGGGAACCUGGGGAACCUGCAGUCCAAGGACUACACCCCCUGGCAGGCCUAUGGCCAGUCCAAGCUCGCGAACCUCCUUUUCGCCUACGAGCUGGACCGGCGCUGCAGAGUGCGGGGCGUGCCCAUUGCGUCCAACGCGGUGCACCCAGGCGCCGUCGCGACCGAGUUGAAGCGACACCUCAACGCGGAGAAGAACACGGACUCGGCUCUUGAAGGCGCGUAUGAGACAGCCAAGGGCUUGGUGCAGCCCUUGCUAGACCUCAUCGUGCAGAGCCCCCAGGACGGCGCAAAGACCUCGGUGUUGCUGGCCACCCAGGAGGAGGGCAAGCUCUCAGGCCACUACUGGCAGGAGAGCCGGCCCUCGGCUUCGCUGGAUGUGGAGGUGCAGGGCCUUUUGCCGCCUCCCCAGCGGGCGCUGCGCAUCGUAUCGCGCCUGGUGAAGGCGCUGCAACCCCCUGAGCCUGAGCCAACCUCUUACGAUCCCACGACCUGGCGCCGGCUUUGGGACCAGAGUGAAAAGCUGGUGGGCUUGAGCGACCAGGAGCGGCCUGGAGUCCUUCACUAAUGGA